AUGGCUUCUUCAGAUGACCAUGUGACUGCAUACAUCGGCCCAGUGCAAUUGCCUGACGGCACCGGUUACCUGACGGUGGCGCAACGCGAGGAGAUUCUCCAACAAUAUGGCGUCACUGCCGUGGUCCGCAACCGGCCGCAAUGGGGAAUCCGCUGCCUGUCCUUGAGCGGGCCAGUGGGUAACUUGCUGGCUGCGCGCCGCAGGUGCAUGGAACUUCUCCACGUCGAGGAUUUGCAGGAUGCAGCUGCCUCCAAGCAUGGCGCUGGUGGCCCUGACUUGAUGGUCAAACAGAGAAGUGCCACUGAUGACGCCAAGCCAUUCUCGAAGCACCCGCCACCAAAGAGCGCCAAGUCUGCGGGGAAGGGGAAUUCACCGGCUCCGACUCAACCGCAGGUGGAUCCCUACAAUGGCUGGACAUGGUGGCCGGGGUACGUGCAGCCGUGGUGGACAUUCUGGCCUCCUCCGGCCCCCGCCGCUCCAGCCGCAGACGAAGAAAGCAGCGCCAACUGGUCUGACGCAAGAUCCCGCCGGUACCCUGCCCGUGCCACGAACCAGGGAACGACUUCAAAGGCCAAAGCCGUCCCGAAGACACCGCCGGCCACAGAGAACGAUGACAACAUGGAGGAGGUGGAGGUUGAGCCGGAGUCCUCUGAAUCUUCUGAGAGCCUCAGCAGUCCUCGGGCAAUUCCCGGGCCUUCCGCCAAGGACCCGCACACGCCGCCAGGCUUUGAGAGGGUUAAAGACUCUGAGAAGUGUGCUGCACGGGUGCAACCGAUCAAACGAAAGGAAGGCAUGCCUCCGUCUGCUGACCGUGCUGAGGCAAAGGCAACUGCAAGUGGAUCGGCCUAUGUCGCAGGCGCUGAAGCAGCAGCAGCAGCAGAAGAGAAUCGACCGGCAACGGACACUGCUGCCGCGGAGCACCCGGUGAUCAAGGCGGAGGAGAAGGAAGAGCCGACAGAACCGAAAACUGAGGUCAAGGAGAUCAAGGAAGAGCCAACCGAGCCGUCCGGUGCGAGUGGCAGCACCUCGGCGAAGGCAUGCCUCGCUGUCAGCCCUUUGCCUCGGAUGCUUCAUCGUGUGAAGAAGGAAUCCGCUGCAGCAUCAGCUGCAAAAGGAAGCAUCCUGUCGCCACCCGUUCCGGACACGCCCAUGAUCCCCACGGAGGACUUCGAAGAGAUUGAAGAGGAAGAGCUGAUCCCUGGGCCGUGGACGCUUAGCCCGCAUGAGAUUAUGGUGCCCACGAGCCCUGCAGAUGAACCUAUUGAUGAGCCUCCGGUGGAAAGCGGUCCUGGAGUUGUUGGUGGCGUUGGCUUCGAUUGCUACGACGCGGCUUUGCCCGUCACAAGCGUGAUCUCUGUGUCUGAGGCAUUGCCCAUCACCAUGGCGCCCAAAACAAGCGCAGCAAAGCGAGCUCCGAAAGGUUCCAAAGUUCACAAGGCAGCACCAAAACUUCCUGGACGACGUCUUCGCGGAAAAGGCAAGGAAGACCAGGAAGGCGUGCCUUCUGGCUCUGUGCCUGAGAGAGAGGUGGAUACUGCCGCGUCAUCUUCGGCAGGUGCUGAUGGAGGAGAUCAAGCACGUCUUUUGACUUCCCUCAAGUACCAAGUGAACGCAAAGAAGGCUUCACCGGAACAUAGGCAAGCAGCUGCGAAGCUCUUGCAAGAGUACCAGAGUGCGGACCGCAAACACAAAUGGCAGUUACUGGAUGCCCUGGCCACCAAAGGGCUUGCCGAUUUGUCUUGGUCGCACAAGACAUCAGAGACUCACGCGAAAAAGGAAUUGCAGACCGAGGAGACGAUCUCAGGGAUGUACACCCGUUCCAAGAUUUUCCAGUUGAACGGUUUCUAUGCAGAGUUGGAGGAAUCUCGUGCCCACGCGUUGUUGGAAGACCUUCUGGCAGAAUCGGAGAAGUUGUAUGGACACAGUCGCAAUUCCGUAGAACACGUCAACCCAGAUUUAUGCCGAUAUUUUUACAAGACGCACAUCGGAACCAAAGAGGGUGCUGAGUACACCACGGAGAACCGUUGGCACAGUGAAGCCGAAGUGAAGGGCCAGAAAUUGACCCGGAUGCUUGGGGAUGAGGCUGCUGCACCAUCCACAGUCGAGGCAAGCCCGACUUGGCAUGAUUGGACUGCUUUGCUAUCUCCUCUGAAGAAACUCAAGGGUCAGCUCCAAAGCAUGGAAGAUCAGGUGCUGCUGUGUCAGAGUCGUCUCGCCACAUCGACUCAUGCCGAUGCUGCGCAAAAGAAAACGGAUUUGCAAGCUGCAAAAGAAUCAUUGCAGGAGAUCUUACAUGAAUUGCGCAUGCAUCUGAUGACUGGCACCACAGAAUACAAGAAAACCGAUGAUUGCAGCGCAGGGGCGCAAUUGCGCUCGAAACUGAAGAAUCGGGCCGAAGAAGUCAAAGCCGAGUGCGCUGCGCAGAUUGAACUCUGCCGCAAAUGUUACAGUUGA